CCGUAUAACCGACCCAAUUUCUCAUGGCUCGGGUUUUCCGUACCCGUUAGUUGGCCGUUGAAUUGUCGACGCUAACCAUACAGCCUUCGUUUUCUUUGAGACAUUAUCAUUGAUUGCUUGAUUCCACUGCCUUUCUUUCAAGUUUAGCGGCUCUUUCACAAAGGUACGAAGGUUCAUUUUGCUUAUAACUUCAGGCUUCGAUUAUCUGAAAUGAAUUGCUCCGACAUUGAAAAUAUUGGUGAAACUAGUAUAAAUUGGGAACAAGCUCUGCUACAGUAUGAAAAAGUGAUAGACUCGGGGACUAAGACUAUGCAGAUAAAAGCCAUGAUGAAGCUAGCUCGUCUCUCUAAACAUGCCCCUGAGAGUUUAUUAGUUCGUAUCAUACCCCAUCUCACUGGGAAUCUUGAUGACUACCAGUCAAUUCAUUCAGGUUGUUCUCUUCAAAAGGCUUCUGCUUAUUGCUUAAAAUGUAUAGGUUGUAGAGGUGAUGGUGGGUUGGCAAGGGAAAUAGGUAGACGUGGUGCAGCAAAUUCUUUGUUAUGGUGGUUAUCACAUUCAGUUGGGGAGUUUCAAGAAAUCCUGAUAAAAUGUUUGCUUGUUGUUGUCACUUUUUGUAACUCAAGUCGUGCAGUCGUUGCUAGUAAUGGCGGUGUAGAAGUCAUCAUCAGUUUGUUAAACUCUUCUACAAGUGAUAUUAGACUAUACCUGUUGGAAAUUUUGAGCGCAUUGGCAUUGCUUAGGGAUGUUAGGAGGGCGCUCACUAGAUUAGGAAGUCUUAAAUUUCUUGUGGAGGCUGCUAGCUGUGGUAGCAUGGUCUCUAGGGAAAGAGCUUGUCAAGCAAUUGGGUUACUUGGUGUCCCAAGACGGGCAAGGCGUACACUUGUUGAACUAGGAGUUAUACCAGUACUUGUUGAGUGUCUUCAAGAUGGAGAUCACCUCAUGAAACUUGUGGCAGGCAAUGCUCUUGGUGUGAUCUCUGCUCAUAUUGAUUAUAUCAGAUUAGUUGCCCAAUCUGGGGUUAUCUGUCUUUAUGCUGAGCUUCUUCAAGGACCUGACCCUUCUGGUAUGGAGAUUGCUGAGGAUGUAUUUUGUAUAUUGGCUGUUGCUGAGGAGAAUGCUGUUGAAAUCACCAGACACUUGGUGAGGAUUCUUAGAGAAGGCGACGAUGAAGCAAAGGCAUCUGCUGCUGAUGUGUUGUGGGAUCUAGCAAGUUACAAGCACACAACAUCUGUGGUCCGAGAGUCAGGUGUGAUUCCAAUUCUAGUGGGGCUUCUGCAGGCUGGAAAUGAAGAGAUAAAGCAGAAUGUUUCUGGGGCAUGUGCUCAGUUGAGUUAUGAUGAGGCAGAUAGAAUGGCACUUGCUGAAGCGGGGGCAAUCCCGAUUCUCAUUGAAAUGAUGCUGCAUGAAGAGUUGGAGGAAGUGAGGGAUAAUGCAGCUGAGGCUCUUGUCAACUUUGCUGAAGAUCCUUUGUACCAUGAUAGAGUAUCUGAUGCAAUAAGUGUUCCUUCAUUUAGAGAUAUGCAGAACAGACUACUUCACAUUCGUGCCUCAAAUGAGCAUAUGGCCAGAUCGUUACGAAGGAUGACUGAUUGGCAGCUCACAUGGAACCCUGAUCUUAUGUAAUCAUUUGAAGGGUAUUUUGUUUCCAGCUUCUUUGGAAUACUGGACAAAAAAACAAAAAAGAAUAGGAGGAAAUUGGAACAGAUUGUGAUGUACAGCUAUAACAUUAAUAUGCAAGCUGAAGAAACAGUAGAAGUGCAGGUGCAAAAUGGACAGUGUUUAGUGGAUUAUUUCUGCUUUUUUUUUUUUGGGAUGGUUCCUGCUAAGAUGUUGUUUCAACACUUAGGACAUAAUGUUUAUUGUCCAAAACAUAUAGAUGAUAGGUUCAUCAAAAUAUAUUUGUGUUAGAAGUGUGUCCUUUUGAAUUCUGUAUCUGACCCAAUUACAUGUUUUUUCGUUAGUUUGGGUUGCUUGUAUUUGUAAACCUAGUUUACUUAAGAAUUUGGUGCAAAGAAAAAUGAAGAUUGUUUUCGUGAGUCCUUUCUAGGGAUUAA